AUGGCUGAAAACGGCGCCUACCCCUCCACAGACCCGGCUGUAUACGCUGAAUACGCCGGGAAGUGGGCCGAUCAGCCGCAAGAUGCGGACAGCUGGAUCAAGCGUGCACAGGAAGUCGCUUCCGUCUUGGAGAAAGAUGCAAGUGUUCGUGAACGGGAGAAUAAGUCCCCACGAGCGGAGGUGGCGCUGUUGAAGCAUUCGGGCCUGACGAAGGUCCUCGGCCCAAAGAAGUAUGGCGGAGGCGAGCAGCCGUGGAGUGUCGGAUAUAGAGCUAUCCGUGAGGUUGCGAAAGCUGACGGUUCCAUCGGGAUGCUGCUAGGUUAUCAUCUUCUUUGGAGCACCACCGCGAACGUGGUCGGGAGUCUGGAGCAAGCGGAUCGCUUUCAGAAGCUCAUUCUCUCCAAUAACUACUUCAUUGGAGGGGCUGUGAACCCAAGAGAUAGUGACUUGAAGAUCACAGACAGUGCUGACAAAAUUGUCUUCAAUGGGCGCAAGUUCUUCAAUACUGGUGGGGUCGUUUCAGACUUGACGGUCCUCGAGGGCGUGCUUGAAGGCACUGAAGACCACAUAUUCGCAUUUGUACCUACUGUGCAACCGGGCAUCAAGUUCGCUCACAACUGGGACAAUGUUGGUCUCCGCUUGACUGAGAGCGGCGGUGUAUCGAUUGAGGGUGUGGCUGCUCCCUGGGAGGACGCGCUCGGCUGGGACGUGAAAUCCAAGCGUCCCGACCCGGCAAUUUUGGGCAUUCCUUUCGCCAGUUUGCUGCUCCCCACAAUUCAACUGGUAUUCAGCAACUUCUACCUAGGCAUUGCGCUGGGGGCACUCCAGUAUGCCUCCAAGUACACUGCCUCAAGCACCAGGGCCUGGCCAUUUGGUGGAGACAACAAGGACAAAGCCACGGAUGAGUUUUAUGUUCUUUCCACAUACGGCAACUUCCUGGCCCAUCUUCGAGCUGCAGAGGCUCUUGCAGAUAAGGCAGGACUAGUCGCAGAUUCAGUUUACACCAAAUACCCCUCGAAUAAGGCUGAGGUAACUGCUCGUGAACGUGGCGAAUUCGCCGAGUGGGUGGCCAGCAUCAAGGUCGUUGCAACAGACACGGGGCUCAAGGUCACAUCAGGCGUCUUUGAGGUGACUGGAGCGAAGUCUACGGCGACAAAAGUCGGUCUGGACCGAUUCUGGCGUGACAUCCGGACUCACACUCUUCACGACCCGGUGUCGUACAAGAAUAGGGAACUAGGACGGUACCAGCUACUUGAUGAAGUACCUGAGCCUACGUGGUACACAUAG